AGCGGGCUUAAAGGGGCCGCCCGCCUUUGGAGGCUUCUCUGAGGUAAGCAGCCGCCCUGCAGGGGUCACUGCCGCCCCGGGAAGGAACCGGGAAGGAGGUGGCAGGGCGGAGGAGGAGACGGAGCCAGGAAUCGGGAGGAAGAGGAGAAGCCUCGGCUGCCACAACGAGCGCGGCGGAGCCUCGGCGGAGUGGCCCCUUCCUUCCUUCUUCCCACCGACCCACCCACCCAUCCCUUCAAGCCUGAGGCCUGAGCAGCGCGCUCCCUUCGCGGCCGCGGCGUUGAUUCUGCUCCUCUUUCUGAGGAAACGGAGGGGCAGGUGCGCGGGGCGCGCUCUCUCGCCCCGCCUGCUUCUCUCCCUCCUGAGGAGAACUUGGGCGGAGGGAAGGAGGAGGCCCUCGCCCGUCUGGAGGGAAAGGGAAGACGUUGGAAAAGGAGGCAAGGAAGGCUUUUGAGGGUGGCAAGAACAACAAUGGCUUUUUAAAAAUAGGAAAUCCAAGGAUGAUUUUCUCCUCCCUUUGUUGUUUAGCUCAUCCAUCUUGUUAACUAACAGCUGGAGCGGCAACUUCACAAGGACGAAGAAUAACCUGCUCUCUUCUGCCUCUUCCUUCUGGACUGCCAAGGCCAUUAAUUUAUUGUUUCCCCAGUACUGAAAUAUUCUGCUUUGCCAACCUCUCAGUUCUGAGCCCCUUGGAGUUGCCUUCAUCUCUUCUGACUUCAAAAGCACCGAAACAGCCAUGGGCUGCUUCUGUGCUGUCCCAGAGGAGUUUUAUUGUGAAGUUCUGCUUCUGGAUGAAUCCAAAUUGACCUUAACUACCCAGCAGCAGGGGAUAAAGGUAUUGUGAAUUAAACCUAAGCAAACCUUAUUGAAACGAAUGGAGAGAUGUCAUAUUGCUUUGAUAUAUACUGACAUGCAAAAAUGUGAAGUACUGGAAAAGAAGUCAACGAAAGGGUCGGUUGUCCUAGGCUACGUAUUCCGGCAUUUAAACCUUGUGGAGAUAGAUUACUUUGGACUGCGUUAUUGUGACAGAAGUCACCAGACGUUCUGGCUGGAUCCUGCAAAAACCCUUACGGAACAUAAGGAACUCAUAAAUACUGGUCCACCUUAUACUCUGUACUUUGGUGUUAAAUUUUAUGCAGAAGAUCCAUGCAGACUAAAGGAAGAAAUCACCAGGUAUCAGUUUUUUUUACAGGUGAAGCAAGAUGUCCUGCAGGGGCGUUUGCCCUGUCCCAUCAACGUUGCUGCCCAGCUGGGAUCCUAUGCAAUACAGUCUGAGCUUGGAGACUAUGAUCCAUACAAGCACACUACAGGUUACGUUUCAGAAUACCGGUUUGUUCCAGACCAGAAAGAAGAGCUGGAAGAUGAAAUAGAACGGAUACACAAAACACUCAUGGGCCAAGUUCCUUCUGAGGCAGAACUCAAUUACCUAAGUGUGGCAAAGAUGCUUGAAAUGUAUGGAGUUGAUCUUCAUCCUGUCUAUGGUGAAAACAAAUCUGAAUAUUUUCUAGGAUUAACCCCUGUAGGAGUGGUUGUGUACAAGAACAAAAAGCAAGUAGGAAAGUAUUUUUGGCCUAGAAUUACAAAGGUCCAUUUCAAGGAAUCUCAGUUUGAACUCAGAGUUUUGGGAAAAGAUUGUAAUGAAACUUCCUUCUUUUUUGAAGCACACAGCAAAACUGCCUGCAAACAUUUGUGGAAAUGUUGUGUAGAACAGCACACAUUCUUCAGAAUGCCGGAAAAUGAAUCCAAUUCUCUAUCAAGAAAACUUGGCAAACUUGGAUCUCUAGGAUAUAAGCAUCGAUAUAGUGGAAGAACAGCUUUACACAUGAACAGAGAUCUUUCCAUCCAGCUUCCUCGACCUAACCAAACUGUUGAAAGAAGUCGUAGUAAGACGUAUCCAAAAAGAACAUCCAAAACACAACCAAUUGAAUCCCAUUGUACAAACCAGGUUGUUACACACAAAGAUAUUGGAGAAAAUGGAGGAACUACCAAAAUUAUUGCUCCUUCACCAAUAAAAAGUUUUAAAAAGUCAAGAAAUGAAAGUAGCCCAGAAACCCAAAGAAGCAAAACCAGUGCGCCAUGGGAAGAAAAUUGUCCACAGAGUGGACUUUAUAAUUCUCCUAGUGAUCGCAAUAGAUCACCAAAGUUUCCUUAUUCACGACGAAGACAUCCUUCAGGUGGAAGUGAAAAUGACCCCGGGCAGCCAUUUAGAAGAAGAUCCCGAUCCCGUUGUAACACCAGCAGUGGUAGUGAAUCAGAAAACUCUAACAGAGAACAUCGGAAGAAAAGACAUAGAUUACGGCAAGAGAAUGACAUGGUUGAUUCAGCUCCUCAGUGGGAAGCAGUACUGAGGCGGCAAAAGGAGAAAAGCCAGUCAGAUCCCAAUCACCGGCGUUCAAAGCACAGAUCUCGAUCGAGAAGUCCAGAUGUGCAAGCAAAGGAAGAAUUAUGGAGACACAUUCAAAAAGAACUUGUGGAUCCAUCUGGUCUAUCUGAGGAACAAUUAAGAGAGAUUCCAUAUACCAAAAUAGAGACGCAAGGUGACCCUGUUCGCAUUAGACACUCGCAUUCACCUCGAAGCUAUCGCCAAUAUCGCCGGUCACAGUGCUCUGAUGGAGAAAGAUCUGUUCUGUCAGAAGUGAAUUCAAAAACAGACCUUGUACCUCCGUUACCUGUAACCCGUUCCUCAGAUGCUCAGUGCCCCAUGACGACUGUAGUUCAGCAGAGGUGCAGUGGAUCUAAAGACAGCCUAAUAGAAGAAAAAGCACAAACAUCCACCAACAACUUGGAUGGAAAGCACAGUAGCAAGACAAUAAAAAUUGUACACGUAUCACGGCUCAAGAUAGACAGUUGAUCCUGCAACAAAGAACUAUAGAUACUGUUUCUUGAAUGUCGAAAUAGCAAAAAACUUCAAAAUGUAUUAUCUGGAAAGAUGGGACUGAAUGCAGGCCUAAAGGAAAUCCAUCAUAUGCACUCUGAAAUAAUCUUACAAGACGUUUGGAAUCCCUUGGCUUGAUAGUUCUGGAGGCAAUUGUAAGAUGAUGAGCUUUUGAACAAAAACACUUUAUUGAACUGAAACAGCUAUUAACUAUUCAAUGCCCAAAUAAUUGUGGAAACAAAUGGACAGUGCCCCACAUAAUGGAAUUAUUUGACAGCAAAAGUUGCAUUAUCAAUAAAGUGAAGGGGGGCGCAGUGCAUUGGCCAAAUGUGCAAUAAGCGUUAUUCAGUGCAAGAGUACAACGCCUACACUUGCCAGUUACAUACUGUCUUUGUUCUUAAGUGUGAAAUCUUUUAUAAGAACUUGACCGGAUCUCUUUAUUUGCUGCAUUCAUCAGACUAUAUGGGUAUUGGAAAAGACUGUUACAGAUGUUGUCUUUUAAAAUUUUCAGUGAACCAUUGUACAAGUGAUGUUUUUUCUAUAAUUAGUAUAAUUGCCAAAGCUCUUAGUAUGUGUGCCACAGCAAGAUCCGUAAGCAUCAAAGUAUGAUAUGAAAAAUAGAAAGUGAAAGUGUUGUUUGAAAGUUGAAGUAAUAUUUAUAACAUCCUUAAAACUUGCCUAAGUAGUGAUCGUUGCACUGGCAUUGUUAGUCUUUCUGAAGUUGUCACGAAAGCCACCUGAAAUUACCAGUAGUAGUUGACCAGUAGUAAUUUCAGAUGGGAGACAUCUACACUGUAGAAUUAAUGUAGUUAGACAUGUUUAACUGCAAUAACUCGGUGCUAUGAAAUCAUGAGAUUUGCAGCUUGUGAGACACCUGUACUUCUUGGCAGAGAAGGCUACAAGAUACUGUAAAUGUAAAACUCUUAUGAUUUUAUUGCAUUGAGCCAUGGCCACAAUAUUUUGAAGUUAUCCUACCACUCAUAUCUUGAAUGCAGUGGAGAACACUGGGUAGUUUAGAUUUGGAUCAUCACAGCGAAACAACGAAAACAUUAGGAUAUCUACAAGGAAUGACAAAUGUGGGUAUGUGGCACAGAUGAGGCAAAUUCAAGAUUGCUCUUGUAAUACCUCGUGAAUCCAACCACAUUGUAAUUCAGGGGUGGCCAAGGUGUGCCCCAAGAGCUGUUUUAGUGGCUUCAAGCAAUUCUUUUUAUUUAGUUUGCUUUAAAAUGAGCAUUACAGGUGUGGGAGACAUUUCUACAUUUUUGUGGGAAGUGAUUUCUACUUCCUGUGGUUGAAAAAAGUGCUUCUGAUUAAAAAAUGGUGAAAGUGCCUCCUAUAGGGCAUUUGAAGGUUAAAGUCUUGGUUCUUUAAAUAAAUAAUUUUAUUUUUA